AUGGCGUCGAAUAAAGAGGUUGGUGAUCCGUGUCAAUUUGACAAAUUAUCAGUGCGUGAACUUAAGAUGUAUUUACGAGAUAGAGGAGCACAUGUGUCAGGAAAUAGACCGGAGUUAAUAAAACGUGCCCGAGGCCUUGUACAAAUCGGAAAACGGACAUUGAAAGAGAUUAAUAUUCAGGACAAUAACAACAAACUUGAACGACAGGAGGAAUUAUUUACCACGCCGCUAGGUGAAAAAUUGCCAGAGCCAGGCAGUUUAAAAGGUUGUUGGGAGGACGAUGUGUUAAAAAUUCCCUUCUUCAGGACGCAGGAUUUAUACAAUUACCUUGUGUUAAACCGUUCACGCACGUUUGACAAUCAGAACAUGAAUGCAAGAAAACAAUUAAAAGCCAAAGUGUUCUACGAAGAUGGACAUGUCCAUAGUGUGAAAUACAAUCAGAUAUCACAUAAAUGUUCCCACUGCUACGUAAGAGCAAAGGUCAUUCCGUCCUUACCAGGGUCUGAUGUUCAAAAAAAGGAUUAUGAACCAUGGGCCUGUCUGUCUAAAGUAUCGGGAAAGGUUCAUGCUGCUGGAUGCAACUGUGCUGCUGGGGAGGGGGAAUCCUGCAACCAUGUUGCUGCGUUGCUGUACGCCCUUGUUGAUAUCGGUUCCAAACAGAAGGAUGGUUUGAAUGCGCCAACUUCAACAAAAUGUAAAUGGAACCAGCCGAGGAAAAGAAAAAUAAGCCCUCAAAGGUCUCAGCAUCUUGUAUUCAAAAAGCUGAAAUUUGAAAAUGACACUUUACAGAAACUACUAGAUGGGGCAGAAGUCAUGAACCAGCUGCCAAGCGUGUGUACCAAAGGCGUAUUCAAAUAA